CCACUGCACGUAUUCCCAAAGAAGAAAAAUGACAACACGCCAAGCCCUGAUUUUCCCUGACAACCGAACCCCGAUUCGGAAGGAUAACAAAACACCUAAUCGAGCCGCAGGAAUCAUUCGACGACACCCCUCCAGCAGAAAAAGGCGAACAACGACACCUUCAACCUUCAGAAAGCGAGCAGCGGCCUGCGCCUAAUAUCAUCGCAUAUUUUGAACGGCUGAACGAGCUAUAUACCAUAUACCCACACUUUUCACGACUUUGCACAUAUCGAUCGAACUCCGAACAGCCAGGCAUUUGCGAGUUGAACAAAUUCAACAGGGUUACGCGAAGUACCUUUAAAGCAACUCAAUUUCGGGGCUUGCCGCGGGCCUAACCGCGAGGAAAAGAUAAGAAAGCAGCCAUGCGCAUCGUGGAGGUUAUCAUUGACGGUUUCAAAUCCUAUGCUGUGCGCACUGUGAUAUCAGGAUGGGACGAAUCCUUCAACUCGAUCACCGGCCUCAAUGGCUCUGGCAAAUCCAACAUCCUCGACAGCAUCUGUUUUGUUCUCGGAAUCACCAAUAUGAGCACUGUGCGCGCCCAGAAUCUGCAAGAUCUGAUCUACAAGCGCGGCCAAGCGGGAGUCACGAAAGCGAGCGUGACCAUAGUAUUUGAUAAUCGCGACAAGUCGAAAUCUCCAAUUGGAUUCGAGGAAUAUACUAGCAUAUCGGUGACAAGGCAGAUCGUGCUGGGUGGGACUAGCAAAUACCUCAUCAAUGGGCACCGCGCGCAACAGCAGACCGUGCAGAAUCUUUUUCAAAGCGUGCAACUGAAUAUCAAUAAUCCGAAUUUCUUGAUUAUGCAAGGGCGCAUUACGAAGGUGUUGAAUAUGAAGCCGGUGGAGAUUUUGUCGAUGAUUGAAGAGGCGGCCGGAACGCGAAUGUUUGAGGAUCGGAAGGAGAAAGCUGGAAAGACGAUGGCAAAGAAGGAGAUGAAGGUGCGCGAAAUCGAGGGACUGCUGAAGGAGGAAAUUGAGCCGAAACUUGAGAAAUUAAGGGGGGAGAAGAGAGCCUUCUUGGAUUUUCAGCAGACUCAAAGCGAUCUUGAGCGUCUUACUAGGCUUGUUGUUGCCCAUGACUAUUUGAGAAAUGGAGAGCGGUUACGCCUGGCUGGAGAAGAAUUUGACAACAAAAAGCGAAAGGUUACCGAGCUGGAGAAUAGCAUUGCGAGACUUAAGGGUGAAAUUUCUCAUCUAGAGGAAGAUGUGAAGAGGGUAAAAUCGCUUCGUGACAAGGAGCUUAGAAAAGGGGGCAAGUUCCAAGCGUUGGAGGACCAAGUUAAAACACACUCCCACGAAAUGGUGCGACUAGCCACACUAUUGGACUUGAAGACCUCGAGUAUGGCGGAAGAAGUAGAAAAGAGAGAAACCAUGCAGAAGGCAGUCACUGAGUUGCAAGGCCUACUGAAAGAGAAAAAGAAGAUUUAUGAUAAAUUGCAAACCAAGUACGAUACUGCAAAAGCUGAGCUGGAUAGCCAAACCGCCGAGGUUGAACAGAAAGAGGAAUUACUUCAAACACUACAGACAGGUGUUGCGUCCAAGGAAGGCCAGGAAAACGGUUACCAGGGCCAGCUUCAAGACGCGCGAAACCGACUUAGUUCCACGACCACCGAGCAAGAACAGGCGAAACUUAAAAUCUCUCAUUUUCAAAAGAUGAUUAAGGAAGAAGAACCCAGAGCGAGGAAGGCGAAGGAGCAGAAUUCGAACCUUUUGAGGGACCUUGAAGAACUUCGAAAGCAGGCUAAAAAGCUCGAGUCAGACCUUGCCAGGCAAGGAUUUGAACCGGGUAGGGAAGAGCAUAUGUAUCAGGAGGAAUCCAGAUUACAAAAAAGCAUCCGAGAGCUGCGGAGCCAAGCUGAUUCCAUGAGGCGAAAAGUUGCGAAUAUCGAUUUUAACUACUCAGAUCCUUAUCCAAAUUUCAACAGAUCGAAGGUUAAAGGGCUGGUCGCUCAGCUUUUCACUUUGGAUAAAGAUAAAACUCAGGCUGGAACUGCCCUUGAGAUCUGCGCCGGUGGACGCCUAUAUAACGUUGUCGUCGAUACUGCUGAGACCGGCACUGCCCUGUUGCAAAAUGGAAGACUUCGAAAGCGGGUUACAAUCAUCCCCUUGAACAAAAUUGCAUCCUUCAGGGCAUCCGCCGAGAAAAUUACGGCUGCCCAGAAUUUGGCUCCGGGGAAGGUGGAUCUGGCUUUGUCUUUGAUCGGAUAUGAUGAGGAGGUUGCUGCUGCGAUGCAAUAUGUCUUCGGAACCACCUUGGUCUGCCAGGAUGCUGACACCGCGAAGCGAGUUACGUUCGACCCUUCCGUGCGUAUGAAGAGUGUCACACUUGAAGGGGACGUGUAUGAUCCCUCAGGAACCUUAUCAGGAGGAAGCUCGCCAAACUCCAGCGGCGUCCUCGUUAUCCUUCAGCAACUAAAUGAAUUAAUGGGACAGCUGACCCAAAAUGAGCGAGCGCUCCGUCAACUACAAGAAACUAUGGCGAAGGAGAAGAAAAAGAUGGAUCUUGCCAGAGCUACUAAACAAGAGUUCGAUCUUAAGAUGCAUGAGAUUAAAUUGACCGAAGAGCAGAUAAACGGAAAUUCAUCUUCUUCUAUUAUCCAGGCUGUUGAAGAGAUGAAGGCAAAUAUCGAACAGCUUGAGAAGGACAUUGAGGAUGCUAGGAAGCGGCACGCGGAAGCCAGCAGCGAUAUUAGGCGGAUUGAAAAGGAUAUGAGAGAAUUUAGCAGCAACAAGGAUAACAAGCUGGCAGAAUUGCAAUCUUCACUGGAUUCGCUCAAGAAGGGACUUAGCAAAAACUCAAUUUCAGUCAAGACAUUGCAGAAAGAACUUCAGGCCUCGCGACUUGAUUCCGAACAAGCUGGAAGUGACCUAACUGCGGCGGAAGAGCAGCGUGCUGAGGUCGACCAAACAAUAAAUGCUCAAAAGGAGGAAGUUGAGGCUUUGAAACGGGAGCAAGCAAAAUGCAAGAAAGCACACGAUCUUGCUCAAGCCCAACUAGAGGAUGAACAGGCCAAGCUUACAGGGUUUGACGACGAGCUUCGAGAUUUAGAGGAGGCAUCCAGAUCCAAGGCAGCACGAAUCACGGAAGAGGGCCUUGAAUUACAAAAGCUAGGCCACCAACUUGAGAAGUUCCAGAAGGAUCAGCAAAAUGCCGCACAGCUGGUAGCCAGUAUGGAAAGGGAACACGAGUGGAUCGCGGAGGAAAAGGACAGCUUUGGACGUUCCGGCACACCAUACGAUUUCAAGGGCCAAAACAUUGCUGAAUGCAAGGCGUCCCUUCGCAACCUAACAGAGAGAUUCCAAGGGAUGAGGAAGAAGAUCAAUCCCAAGGUCAUGAAUAUGAUCGAUAGUGUUGAGAAAAAAGAAGUCGCGUUGAAAAACAUGAUGAAGACUGUCAUUCGGGACAAAAAGAAGAUCGAGGAAACCAUCAUCAGCCUUGAUGAGUAUAAGAAAGAGGCGUUGCAGAAGACUUGGUCCAAGGUUAAUGGUGACUUUGGCCAGAUAUUCGCCGAGCUGCUUCCUGGUAGCUUUGCUAAGCUGGACCCCCCUGAGGGCAAGGAAAUAAGUGAUGGGCUGGAGGUUAAGGUUAGCUUGGGGAAAGUGUGGAAGCAGAGCUUGACUGAAUUAAGCGGUGGGCAACGGUCUCUUAUCGCGCUCUCUCUUAUCAUGGCUCUUCUCCAAUUCAAACCUGCACCCAUGUACAUCCUCGACGAAGUCGACGCUGCAUUGGACUUGUCGCAUACGCAAAAUAUUGGCCGCUUGAUCAAGACGCGGUUCAAGGGUUCUCAGUUUAUCGUGGUCAGCUUGAAGGAUGGCAUGUUCCAGAAUGCAAAUCGAAUCUUUAGAACGAGGUUCAGUGAGGGUACUAGUGUUGUUCAGGCGCUGACACCGGCAGAUUUAAAGUGACCCAGCAAACUGCGGUGUUGGUUGGGCUUGGUGUGCUGACAUUUUUCAUUUCCGAUUUUUUUCUCCUGGCAUAUAUUCGGUAUUUAUUUUGGGUACUGUUUGAAGCGAUGAUUUCCUUUAUCUCUGGUUCUUUUUUGUUUGUUUUUGGAUUUUGUUGUCAGUGGCAAUCAUGGGUUUUGGCGUUUUGUGAGCGGAGGCCGGGGGACACCUUGAGAAUGGGGACGGAGUGUUUUAUUCUUAUUGUUAAUCACUUGUAGGGAUGGGAUAUGAUUGUGAAUAAAGUAUAAUCGCAUUUUGUCUUUGUGAUAUAUUACGGUCCUUGGUUCUGUUCCGCUUUUCUUCCUUGCCAUGUGUAUAUCUCUUAUACAGUGAUGAAUUUCUUAUUCUUCAUCGUUUUUUGUUUACUCGCGCAGCGCGCUGUCUUGAUAGAAACCACAAGUAAGCAGCUCCAGACUUAUCUCAUUCCCUGCACAAAAAGGGGCUUUAAUCCAAUUUACUUAGAUUUCGUUGACUCUCUGCUAAUUAUGCAUACUCGAAAGGGAGA